AAAACGGGACCACCAGCACCUCAUUCGGUUUGUUAUCUCCGCCCGUUGCCCUUUCGCAACCUCGACGAGUCCGCCUUCUCCGCCAACCUUCCUUCCCGUUUUAUAUACCCUUCUCCAAAACCCUAACCCUAAUCCUAACCCUAACCCUAAUCAUGGAGUCGGCGGCGCUCUCCCGGAUCGGCCUCGCCGGCCUCGCCGUCAUGGGCCAGAACCUCGCCCUCAACAUCGCCGAAAAGGGCUUCCCCAUCUCCGUCUACAACCGCACCACCUCCAAGGUCGAUGAGACCGUUGCUCGCGCCGCCGACGAGGGCGGCCUCCCCCUCUUUGGUCACCAUUCUCCUCGCGAGUUCGUCCUCUCCCUCUCUCGCCCCCGCUCCAUCAUCAUCCUCGUCAAGGCCGGCGCCCCUGUUGAUCAGACCAUCGCCACCCUCUCCCGCUUUCUCGAGCCCGGCGACGCUAUCAUUGAUGGCGGCAACGAGUGGUAUGAGAACACUGAGCGCCGCAUCUCCGAAGCGUCUCCCCAAGGUCUCCUCUACCUUGGCAUGGGCGUCUCCGGCGGCGAGGAGGGAGCCCGCCGCGGCCCUUCCCUCAUGCCCGGUGGCUCUCGCCAGGCCUUCGACAACGUUGCUGAUAUUCUCUCCAAAGUAGCUGCCCAGGUUGACGAUGGCCCCUGUGUCACCUACGUCGGCCCCGGCGGCGCUGGUAACUUCGUCAAGAUGGUUCACAAUGGGAUCGAGUAUGGUGACAUGCAGCUCAUCUCUGAGGCCUACGAUGUCCUCAAGACUGUGGGCGGCCUCUCCAACCAAGAUCUCGCCAACAUCUUUGAUGAAUGGAAUCGCGGGGAGCUGGAGAGCUUCUUGAUCGAGAUCACUGCUGAUAUAUUUAAGGUCAAGGAUGAGCAUGGUGAGGGAGAGCUUGUGGAUAAGAUCUUGGAUAAGACUGGGAUGAAGGGGACUGGAAAGUGGACGGUGCAGCAGGCCGCUGAGCUCUCAGUGGCAGCGCCAACCAUUGCUGCGUCUCUUGAUUGUAGGUACCUCAGUGGAUUGAAGGAGGAGCGUGAGGCUGCCGCCGGAGUCCUUGAACAAGCAGGGAUCAGCAAUGAGGCUCUGAGAGCUUCAGUUGGAGCUGUUGAUAAGAAAAGAUUGAUUGAUGAUGUCCGGCAGGCUCUGUAUGCUUCAAAGAUAUGUAGUUAUGCGCAAGGUAUGAACUUGCUCCGUGCAAAGAGUCAGGAGAAGGGAUGGAACCUCAAUUUGGGGGAGCUUGCCAGGAUCUGGAAAGGAGGGUGCAUUAUCAGGGCAAGGUUUUUGGAUAGGAUUAAGAAGGCGUAUGAGCGGAAUGGGAGCUUGCCGAAUCUGAUUGUUGACCCGGAGUUUGCUAGGGAGAUGGCACAGAGGCAAGGGGCAUGGAGGAGAGUUGUGGGGUUGGCAAUUGGGGCGGGGAUUAGCACACCAGGGAUGUGUGCUAGCUUGUCUUAUUUUGAUACCUAUAGGAGAUCUAGGCUCCCGGCAAACCUUGUGCAGGCGCAGCGGGACCUCUUUGGGGCUCAUACUUAUGAGCGAAUUGAUCGCCCGGGAUCAUUCCACACAGAGUGGACCAAGCUUGCCAGGCAGAGUGAGGCAGGUGUUGGUGCACAUAACUGAGGUGAUCAUCCAUUUUUAUUUCAGUUGAUUGUAUUGUGAUGGUUUUGCAUUGUUAUUUAUAAUUAUGGUAGUUUUCUUCUAUGCAAUUAAUAAGUUUAGAAUCUUCUUAGGUUCUAUUGUUGUGAAAAAUAUACAUUGGCUAAAUUGGUUUUCUCUGUUUUAAGUGAAUUUUGAUGAUUUAUGCCUUAAAUUUGUUACAUUCACUUAUAUGUGAUGGCUUUAGUUAUGGUGAA